AUGAUUUGGAGGGAAGAUCAGUAUGAUGUGGAUGUCAUUGAUCCAACUGCACAGACAAUCACUAACAAGGUGAAGUGCAAUUCUACACAGCUGAUGUUAAAACUUACACUAGUAUAUGGGUUCAAUAAAAAAGAAGAGAGAAAAGAGCUCUGGGAGUACUUGGCUACAACUGGUGGCACUAUGAAGGAUCCUUGGAUAGUUUUAGGAGAUUUUAAUUCAAUACUGCAUCUAGAAGAUAGGAUUGGAGAGAAUAAAGUAAGCUAUGCAGAAAUAGAGGAAUUACAAAAAUGCAUUGAUGCUUGUAAGAUGAUGGAGAUGGCUGGCUCAGGGUGCAAAUAUACCUGGAAUGACAAUCAAAAUUCUUAUCAGAUCUUCUCUAAAAUUGACUGGUGCUUUAUCAAUGGAGAAUGGUUAGAUGAGAUGCCAACAUGUGGAGUCAAAUUUCUCCCCGAAAGAGUGAGUGAUCAUAGCCUUAUCCAUGUCAAAAUGCAAGGAUUACAAAGAGGGAGGAAAGCUUUCAGAUAUUGUAAUGUACGGAGCAAGCACCAUUCAUUUGAAACAGUAAUUCGAAGAGCUUGGGAUGCUCAGAUUCAAGGCUAUAGUAUGUAUGGUGUUGUGCAGAAAUUGAAGAAGCUGAAGUAUAUGUUGAGAGAGCUACACAGAGAAUUUCAGUAA